AUGGGAAAUGGAAGGUCUCGCAAGCGCGAUAGCGGUGUUGGCGGGGUGGACGGUGGCAGGGGAUAUGGACACGGCGUCACUUCCAUGAAUACUGAUGGAGGUGGUGUGAGCUCCAGAGCAAAUGGCGGAUAUGAUGGAAGGUAUACUUCUGAUACCAAUAUUAUGGGUAGUAUGAGCAGGGGUCAUGAUAAUGCACGUUCUAAUAAUUCUACUAUACCCAUUCCUGUUUCUGAUGUUGGUCGCGAUUCUGUAUUACAUGUUUCUCCCGGUGUCAAGGAAUCUAAUUCAAAUUUGGCUCCUUAUAUGAUCGGUCGUGGUGGUGUUGGUUCUCAUGGUAGUUCAAUUCCUGGGACUGGCUACGGUACUGGAUCCGGAACUCGGACGUACUCAGCACCUCGUGAAGAUUAUGGCCCUCGUUCGUAUGCGCAAAACGUAAACGUGGGCCCCUCUCGUUCUGGACCCUCCGAACAUCGAACUGGUGAAACCCAUGCCUCUCCACAUCCCGGAGGCGGGUUACCUUACAGCCGUGAUACCGCAUCCCAGUUUGGUCUCGGUCCUAGUUCCGGUGAGCAACAUUCUGGUAAUAGAGAUUAUGCUGCCAGAGAAGACUAUUCAGGACCAUCUGCUACCCGGAAUGUAGUCGAUACUGCGGCAAACGCGGCAUCAAUCGUUGGGGAUACGGCUGCAAGUGCGGCCUCCUAUGCCGGAGACACAGCUAUAAACGCAGGAUCCUAUAUGGCAGACACUGUCUCCUCCAUGAGGCCAAUGGAGAAAGCGGCCAAUGCGGCAUCCUACGUUGGGGAUACAGCAAUUGCUGCAGCGUCAUAUGCUGGGGAUACAGCUGCAAAUGCUGGAUCCUAUAUGGCAGAUACAGUCAAAGAGAUGAGACCGAUGGAUACUGCAGCGAAUGCGGCAUCAUAUAUCGCCGAUACAGCCAGAAGCGUCGCUCCUCCGGCCGGCCCUUCUUCUAAUCUUCAGGCAGAAACUGGUCCUGCAGCCUAUGAAAGUAAUUAUUCUCCGGGCGACGCCUCAGGUUAUGACAGCCGUACAUACGCCUCUAGUGACAGAGCUUCUAUCACGCAGAAGAUAGUAGACACGGCGGCGAAUGCGGCGUCCUAUGUUGCAGAUACAGCUAAGGAUGUUGCUUCUGGUAUCGGUCUUACUUCUGGUACUGGCCCCAGCACUACAACUGGAGAAAGACAAUACACGGGGUCCGAAAAUGGUGAUUAUUCUUCCGGUGGGGGCAUUACCGCAAGACCAGUUUCGGACACGAUGGCAAACACUGCGUCCUAUGUGGUAGAUACGGCGAAAAACGUUGAUUCUAGUAUGGGAAUUACGCCUAGCAGUGAUAUUGGGAAUUAUGCCGAGAAAAAGGCAGGCUCAGACACUGUACCUCGUGGUUACAGUAUUGGUACUGGAACCGGAUUUGGAUCUGGCAAUAGCUACAACCCCCAAUCCCGCUCCCGCGGUAUGCCUGGAAGCUUUGAUGAUAGCUAUAACAACUCUUCUAACAUUGUGGGGAUGGAUGGAGGCGGCGCUAGGAGAGCAAAUUUUGUUUCUUAUAGGGGAGGAGCAUACAUUUCAGGCCAUGACAGUCACGAUAACGCAACUAGAGAUACAGAAGAAGUUCCUUUCAAUACCGGUCGAGACGGAGGAGGAGAUAAGGCACGAAUGGGCCAGCGACUACGUCGUGAGAGCCUGGAUCGUGAUAGGAUAGAGCAUGAGCAGAAAGAGCAUGAGAGAGCGAUGCGUGAGCGUAUGGAGCAUGAUAUGCAACGUGCACGCACGUAUAGGGAGCGCAUGGAUCGCGAACGAAACAAUACUAAUCAGACGGGAGCAUGGCCUGAACGACGCAGGUCUCUUGGAGAAAGAUACAUCAUCACCAGAGACGGAGGCGCAGCAAUGCUAGACCCAGGUCCACAAGGAAUUCCAAGGACUUACGAGGUAGCGGGCCCUACAGGAGGUGCUCCUCGCGAUGACGCCAACCGUAAAGCCGAACGUCUCCGCGAAGAAUUGGAAAAAGAGAUGCAGGAUACACAAAACGAAGCCCUCAAAUUGGCAAGGGAGAGGAGCACUGGGGAACCUUCAGGAACAAACAGUUCACAAAAGAUUUCCAGUCCUGGACAGAAAUACUCUUCCCUCGUCAGCCAGGAUCCAGGCCCGCUAGAUGUCAAGCGUGGUGGAGAUGAAGGAAUGGGUAAUAUCCCUGGUGCUUUUGAGGAUACCAAACGCAAUAAUCCUGUACGCGCCAAUCUCGAAAUGGAACAAGCUGAACGAGAACGAGAAUCUGAGAGGUCUGCCCGCAGGUCAUCCAUGGACAGACAUCGUGCCACUGAUACAGGUCAUGGCUCUGGCCCUGGGGGAAUGAUGACAACCAUGAGAAAUGACUCGGAGUACCGAGACCAGAAACUGGAUGAUACUGGACGAUUAGUAACAGAUGAGAGGCAAAGGGAAUACGAUGUCCGGGAAAAGAUUGAGAGCCAAUUCGAAGGGGAUGACGACGACGAUGAAGUAAGGAAAAGCCUAUUGGGAAGGGCAGCAAGCAAAAUGGGGAAUUUGUUGAAGACCUAA